AUGCCUGGUCGGAUUAUUCAAGUUGAAAAGUUAGAACUCAGUCAGUUUCGGAAAAUUUACUGUAAAUGUCCAACAAAAUCAAAUGUCAAUUCUAAUAACAACAAAUACACCUCCCGUUCAGCCACCACAAUCUCGACAUUGUUCUAUUCACUAAUCAGUUUGGUAGUGAUCAGUGAUCUUAUUGCCACUUACCUGUGUUCAUCUGUUUUGGCAUCGUCUAAUUCAGGUGUCAACUUUAUUCAGAAUGAUUAUGAUCUAGAUAAAACAAAAUGUAUACAAUCACUUUUAGUCAAUCGACAUCAAAUUCCAGAUUCAGCGUUCAAUGCUACCAGUGAAGUAGUAGAUCCGUCAGGAGCUAAACGUUAUAAUGCGCAUUCUAUUCGAAAUGAAAAUACAGAUUUUGCAUGGUGUCCAGGUAAACGUAUCAGUACAGACUGUGAUGAAUAUGUUGAAAUUGAUAUGGGUGAAUUAAAUAUUAUAACAAAAGUUGUUAUAAGUGGAUUACUCGCUGAAGGUGGAGGCAGUCGUUAUACUCCAUACUUCUAUAUUCGAUAUAAACGAGAAAUUAAUGAAGAGAAUUGGAGAACCUAUCGACAACUUCGUCCAACUAUUAUUUCUCGACUUUUGGGCGGUUUAGACGCUUUAGUGCCAAAAUUUGUUGUACUUGACCCACCAUUGAUAGCUCGAUGGAUUCGUAUCUAUCCGUAUCGUGAUACACCAGGCUUUGUAUGCAUUAGACUUGAAGCAUACGGUUGUCGUUUCUCAGAUGACCUGGUUGAAUAUCGAAUCCCUGAAGGGAGUCUAGCACAUCCUCCUUAUCAAGCUGAAACUAGUUUAUAUAAAUCUCAAGGAUCAGAAGUGUUUACAAAUGAGAACUUAAAUUCUAGUCAAGCUGGUGGUGGUCUUCCAUUUUCAGAUACUUGUUAUGAUGGUCAUAGAAUUGAACCAGGAAGUCUUUUAGAUGGAGGACUUGGUUGUCUUAUUGAUUUAAACAGUGCUAAUCGUGAUACAAUUCCAUCUAUACAACGAACUGUUGGUGUUAGUUCAAAAGCAGAUAGUUCAAUGAAUUAUCAGUUUGUUGGUUGGCAUCGUGAUCGUUGGAAAAGUUCACAGGAUAAAAAUAAUGAUGUUGUUGAUAUGCUUUUUCGUUUUGCUUCUGUACGUAAUUUUACACGACUUCGACUUUAUAUAUCUAAUAAUUAUUUAGAAAAGAUUCGUUUACCCAGGCGACUAGAAGUUAAAUUUAGUGUAGGUGGUGUACAUUUCUCUGGUCAAUUGCCUAUUUCACGUGAAUUCAAAUUAGAGAAUCGAAGUCUAGGUGUUUUUAGUAUUAUUUUGGAUUUAUCUCAUAGAAUUGGUCAAGUUGUACAAUUGAAAGCCUUUUUCGCUGACGAUUGGUUGUUGUUUAGUGAAAUACGCUUUGAAAGUGAAAAGGUUACAACACCGAUAAAAAUUGAUGAGUUGGCUAUGUUAUCUUCAAAAUCCUUCAAUCAUCAAUCUAUUAAUGAAGAAGAGGACUCGACGAAUACAAAACGUGAAUCUGAUGCAAAUAAAGUGCCAUCCUCAAAUGAUACCUCUGUACUUGAUGAUUCAUCAACUCGUUUGUCAACUGUAGUUAUAUUAGUACUAGUUCUAUUAUGUUGUUUCCUUGGUUUAUUAGCUGGUGUUGCUUGCUUCUCUGUGACAUGGAUGCAUCGUAAAAGACAUGAUUUAGAAAGAGAAAAACAUCAAGUUCAUAAAACAUUGUUAAUUCGUGGUGAAGAUGCUUUAAAUGUAUGUACAACAACUGGUUUAUGUGGUAACGGUAAUGUCAAUCUUAUCGGUGGUGGUGGUGGUGAUGCUGGUUAUGCAACAGUUAGACCAAAUAUGUAUCCAUUUCUAUUAUCUGCAGCUAAACCUGAGAUGGGAGUUUCAACUGUUCUACCAAAUGGGGGAUUACAAUCUUAUCAUCAAAUUGUCCUAUCAUCAAAUACCAGUACAGAAUCUCCCAAUAGUGUUUCAAAUGAAAAAAAUUCAAGUCAACAACAAUCACAGCUACGUCAGACGUCACAGUCAAAUGUUGGUAUGAUUAUCGGUCAACAGUCUAAUACAAUAGUUAAUCGUUUAUCUGGUGGCACAAUUGGUCCAAGUGAUGGUGUUACAUCAGAAACUGAAGCAUUCUGUGAUAAUAACAAUAAUAAACACAAUGAUGAUAAUGAUGAAACUCAUCCACAUAAUCGUUAUAGUUUAUCAUUAUUUAACAAUCAUCAAUACCAUCAUCAUCACCAAGAUCCGGAAGCAACAUUCAUCUUAAAAAUUAAUCAUAACAAUAAGACUAUUUCGCAGCUUGAUCAUACUAAUAAUAUACAUGGGAAUAUUAAUUCUAAAGAAAUCGACCAUAUUACUGCUACUACCACUACUAAUAAUAAUAUUAGUAAUAAUAAUACAGAAUUUUUAAAUACUGUAAAUAAUUUCUCAAGAGUUAAUCAAUUAGUUAGCAGUCAAUCUGGUCACAAUUUAGGAUUAUGUUCAACUGAUCUAUUAAAUGCUCAUUUACGAGGACAGACUUCUGUACAAGCGGCAAAUGGAUUACUCCAAAUUGAUUUGUCUCGAGGUCAUCCAUCAAUGCUAAUCAAUGGUCGACCAUUAAUGCGAAUUCAAGCUUCAUCUAAUCCAUCCGAUGUAACUGAUAAUUCUUGGCUUUUACAAACCGGUUAUCGUAAUAAUAAUGCAGUUUGUUGUACUUCUUCAAUUGGUAUGAAUUUAUUAAAUUCAGAACCUGGUGUUUAUACAACAGUUGGUGGAGCUGAAUCAGAUGUAGAUAGUAAUGGAGCAAGUACAAUGAGUCCAGAGUAUGCAUCCACAAGUAUGUUACAUGAUUAUCCCAUGUUAGCUGCUACAUUGGCUCAAUUAAAUCAACAACGACUGGCUGCUAAUCUAACACCAUCUAUGAAUAUUCAACCUAAUCUAUAUCCUUGUGCUAAUCCACUUAACACUGACUUAUCAUCAAAUUGUUCUAUUAAUUUCAAUAUUUUAUCAAAUCCUCCAUUGAAUUCCCCAUUUAGCAACAAUAAUAUCAUUAAUAAUCCCAGUACCUACGGUAAUAUUAGUUGUCAUAAGAAUAACUUUCUUACAUCAAUAAAUACAAUUCAACAACCAUUAUUAUUCACGAAUCCUCAUUCAAUACAUGAUAUGAUGAUGAUGACGACAAAGACGACAACAACAGCGGCGAUAACAACAUCAUCAGUUACAAAACUAUUAAAUGGUAUACAAAGUUCACAGCUUGGUAAUAAUAGUAGUAACAAUCAUCAUUACGGUGUUGAAAGUGAUAUUGUUCAAAAUGUAUUUCAACAGAAUAAUUAUCAGUCACAAAAUCAACAGAUGUAUGAUGCUUAUAAUUUACCAACUCCUUCAGCACCAAUUUAUUAUCCUAUCGCACAUCAGAUUAUCUCAUCCACUAUGGGACAAUAUUUCCCAUGUAUUAUUACUUCAACACAAACUACAGGAUUAUCAUCUAUAUCAGCAUCAUCAUCGGGAAUAGCACCUCACACAGUGUUAUCGCCAUCAUCGUCUGCAAAGAGUAAUAACUCUAUAAAUAGUACUGCUGCUACUACUACCACUUAUAAUAAUAAUAAUAAUCCCACAUUACUUGGAAGAGGCGGUCAUAUCAACAAUGAAUACAAAUCUCCGAAACAUAAUGACAUUGUAAACAUUGAACAAUCACAUAAACGAUCAGAUGUGAAUAAAUUAGAUUUCAAUGUUAAAUCUGGAUCGACAACAAAUACUUGUCUAUCAAAAUCUAAUUAUCGAGUUUCUAAUCAUAAUCCAUGGAUUAAAGCAUCAAAUUCAAAUCGUUAUGAUGAAUUGGAUCAAGCACAAAGAAGACAACAUGAUGAAAAUUUGUUACCACCAACACCUUCUAGCCCUCCUCCACCUUUGCCACAGUCAAUGACAACACCAAAGCAUCACUAACUAAUAAAUUUGUUCAUAAUUUUAUAAUUGAAAGGAGCAGAACUUAAUAUAGUCCUCAGUAAUCAAGACGACUGUUUCAAUACAUGCAUAUAUAAAUAUAUAGAGUACAAAUGCAACUAACUCAUUCAUGCAUAUAUGCGCUUGUAAAUAGAAAAAAAAUCCUAGAAUUUCUUCAUUAAUUUUUUAUGCAUAAUAAGUACACAUUCAAAUAUAUGAUAUUCUAUAUAAUUUAACGAGAAAUCUUUUGCCUAUAUAUGUACCCUUACCGGUGGCGUGUACAAUAUUCAGUCGUUGUCGUCGUCAUCAUCAUCAUCAUCACCAUCAUCGUCGUGUUUUUCUACGUUUCAAGAGUUAAAUCUGUCUUUCCACUAGCUCUGUCUAUAUGUUCCUAUUCGUGUUAAAUGAAUGCCGUAAUCUUUGUUUCCAUUUAUCCAAAUACUUUUUUUAAAAAAUAUUUCGAUAUGAAAUAAAACAUUGAAUUGAAAUAAUUUCUAGUUGAUUUGUAAUUCUGUUCUCAUAUUUCUUAUUUUGUGUAUAUUGGACUAAUAAAACAAAACAGAACAAACUACUGAAUCAUUAUCGUUUAUUGUUAUAGACUUUCAAAGUGUUCGCUUUCAUUCAGUUAAUUUCUGGUCUAUUUAGUUUUAUCCUAUUCUAUUGUAUCUAAAAUUAAGGUGAGUCGAAAUUGUUUAGAAUUUGUCAGUAGUAUUUUUAUCCUAUAAGAUAAUACAUAAAUAAAUAUUGAUAUAUAAAGUUUCGAACAAGUACUAUAAAGACACAAACUUAGUGGUAAUCUUUGCCGUAAAUCGACAGCGGAUUAACCAAACGAUUAUUGGGUACGAUGUUCCGUUGAGUCUGGUUACGAGCUUAAAAUAUAGCAGAUAUGUAUAUUGUUGGCUAAUAUUGACAUCCAAACUAGUUAGAUCAAAUCAACAGUGUUUUCUAUGUUAAAGGAGUAUAUCUUACUAACUUUUCGUUACAGUUCUUCGAGGUUAAACUGAUUAUAGUCAUUUCUCGUCGACGUUUACACUCUAAGUAAAGUUUAAUACUUAAAGCUAAGGCUAAAAGUACUGAAUAAUAAAUUGUUAGAAGUAACUGUGUAGUGGAACUAUUUCUAAGACAAGUAAAAGCUUCUUAGUUCACAGCUUCACUAAUGAAACAACGGUUCUGUCUGUUUGAUAAAAUUUGUAUACCUUUCUUUUGUAAUUCUGAUGUUCAAGAUGAAAUCCUAGGAUUUCGUAGCCAUUUGACCAAGUUACUUUCUCUGUAAUCUACUCAUUGUAUUAUUUCGCUUUUUUUGAUUGAGUUAUUCUAGAGUGUAGGAAAGGUAACUAUUAUCCCGUUGGCUAGUAUUAUUGCACCCAUUUAUCUAUAUGAAGUCAGCUUUUGAUGUUUUAGAACACUUAAGUACGUCUGUAAGAGAAUAUAUUUUCUUGGUGUUUUUUAGCUUCUCAUAUUGUUUAUGGUAGGAUAGGAGUACAUGCGAAUAUUUGAUAGUUUUCUUCCGUUAAGUAAAAUCAUUUUUAGUGGAAGAGAUUUGUCAACACUGUUGAACUUUAUGAUUUACAUUACAGACUAUAAUUAGUCAGAUAACCAUUAGAAACCAGAAUGUCUCAUACACCUGUUUCGUAUUAGUAAAAGUUUCAGUGAUGCACACCCACAACUUCACUGGGGAUCGGUCUUGCGGCAAACGUUUAACCGAUUAUAACCACUAAGUCGAGGUCCAAUGGUACAAUUCCAAUUUUUGUCGAUUUGUACUGUAGCAUGAUGACUAUACAGUAACAUAGGUGACAACUGCUUCAUUUCUGUUUCCUUCCAAGUUUCACAACAGGACGGAAGAGCUAUUCAGUACCUUCCAGGUUUUCAAUGUUUGUCUAACUAAGGUCAGUCCACAAUUUAUCACUGUUCUCGAUUAUUGCUUAGAUCCUUGAAUAUAUUAACAUUCAUGCUUAACCAAUUCAUUCACUGAAAAUAGUUUCAUCAUUUGUCAUUUUCAAUCUUUGUAUCUUGGAAUAUUUGGAAUCUAUUUGAUAACAUUGCACUGUUUAUUAUCUUUGUCAACUUCUUUCAUUGUGAUGUCAACUGGAACUUUUACAAUACUACCGUAUUCAAACUACAUCUUACACAAAGAAACUUCAUUGGUUUAGUCUUUCCUCUUUCAUAUUGAUAGUUCUGUUAUUUGAAUAAUUAAUUUUAAAUAAGAUUAGAUUGAAUAAGAAAAAAAACUCACUUUAUUGAUUAGUGAACAAUGUACAACUUUGUUACCUUUCAUGAACAUUAUAACGUUUCCAUAAUUAUUAUUUUGUUUUAUGAGGUUACUUGAUUAAGUUCAAUAUGAAUUUGAUUUGUUAAGCAAUACUAUAUGAAAUAAUAUUAGUUUUACUAGGUGUUGUCUUGUGAACUGCAAAUUAGACGGCAGCAAAUUAUCGAUCGGACCAAAGACGCGUAAACACGUAAUAACAGCCUAGAGUUCUGAUUGAUCUUUAUUCCCUGUCUAGCCCAGCCAGUUGAGCCCAGAACGCAAGUCGCAGCCUCUGAGAUAUGAAUCAUUAUAUUUCAAACAUACUCUGUUUAUAUACCAAUCAAGCAGGACCACAUAGUACCAUAAAAUAGAAAAUAACAUUGUAAAAUAUUGGCCAACAGGAAAAUGACACGUUAAAUAAAUAUUGAUCAAUAAGAAAAUGAUACCAUCUCAAGUCCAAGGAUGGCGUUAGACUUAACAGAAUAAUUUCUUGGGAUAUUUUUCUGAAUAUCCCAACACUAGAUAUUUAAAUCUAUUUAUUUCUGUGUGUGUGUGCAUACAUGGUCUCUUUUUAGAUAUGUGAAGAAUAAUUUUCAGAACAAGAACUAUUUCACUGAAUUACAUUACGUUGAUAUAAUUUUAGUGUAAUAAAUUAAUGUGAAUGCACAUUUCAAUGGUAUUUAUGAUUAUGUACAACUAAUCUGAUCUGAUCACUAGGGCAAAAUUUAACUGUUAUUUCUAUGGAAGACAUGUUUUUCAGGUCAAUGUGUAGUCUACUAUUUACUGUAAAAUUUUACAUUCUUAUAAAAGAUUAUAUGGAUUGUAACUCGUUAAAUAGAGUUAGUCUACAGAGCUUACUUCAUUCAAUGGUCUAAUCAUACAUACUGGGUACAUUUAUAUAUCUUAACUUAACAGUGGUCUAGUGGUUAAGUGCUCGUGCGCGAAACCAGUAGGUCCUGGGUUCGAACCUCGCAUGGGGCGAGGCCGUGGAUGCGCACUGCUGAGGAGUCCCACAAUAAGACGAAACGGCCGUCCAGUGCUUCUAGGUUUCCCAUGGUGGUCUAGCUUCAACUGACUAAUGAUCUCAACCAUUGAAAUUAUUAAAUUGUAUUACAUAAUUGUACUGAUUUUAAUAAUUAGAUGUAUAAUGGUCCCAAUACGUUUUCUUUCCAUUUUAGAAUAUUCACUAAAUCCAUACUUCAGUUUUCAUCGUUUCGUACUUACAUACAUGUUGCGGAUGAUAUUCUCAUUAUGAAUUUCAAUUCCACUCAAUUGGAUAUAUGCUUAUUUUAUUUUACCUUCUUUUUUUUCUUCCCAGAUGGAUUAACCCAGGUUAGCAUUUCUGAUGAAGUAUGAAGUCUUCCAUAUUAUUUCUUCUACCUCUUAUAAUCUAUUCCAUUUAUUCUUUUACACAUAUAUGUUUUCUUUUUUGUAUUUGUUGUUUGAUUCAACGAUUGAUUGUGUAUAAAAUCAUUGAAAUAUGUUGUGACUUUUAGAUGGGAAUGGGAUUACAAUUUAAUUGAUCCGUCUUGUUCACUGAUUAUUCAGUUCUUCAUGUAUAUCAUUUGGCUAACUUUUAAUAAUUCUGUUAUAUAAACUAGAGAUAUUUACGCUAAAUCUUCAGAUACAUAUCCCUAUAUAUAAAUAUAAUUCUCUGUAAACACUCAUAUGUAAAAGCCACGAGCCAGGCUCUAUUUGUGUUUAUGAGUAUGCAAUAAAGCCAAUCAUACAAAAAGGACAAACUCCCUUUAUUCUUCUUAAUAUAUAUAUAAUUGUUAUAUUGUAUACAUUUGAUUAUAUUCCAUUAUUAUAUAGAUGGAAGAAGCAAAUAAAAUUAACUUUUCAUUCG